GGAAGCAUGGUUGAACAUGGGCGGAGUGAUUGCCGCAUAUUUAGAUCUUGUAUAGCGGCGACUCUUAAAUAUAUAGCCGCGGAAUGAUGAGGUGAAAUUCGUGUAUGUAGAUGCAAAUUGGUUUAAGAAAAGAUACACAGUAAGGCCCAAGAGUUUAUAUUGUUGAUAACACAGAUAGACUCGCGUCUCCCCAUUUUUCAGCCUCGAAUAAGCAGCAAUAGCGAUAAUAGCAGCAGUGCCUAACUUGAUGACAUUACCACGCUCCUAGAAUGCUAGAUACUAAUUCUCAAUAUAUCAAAAAUUGUAAUAUGAAAAGAGUAAAUACACAAUACUCGAAUAUUUUCUGCAUUGCAUUGUCCAUAAAUAGCACCUAUCAAUUCUAUUCCCACCCUAUACUCGCAAUAGCCCAACUCAAGCUCCCACACCAGGCACAUGUACCUCGUACCUCAACCCCGCAGCCCCACCUAAAAUUGGCCAAGCCAGCAUUCAAUCGACAACCUCAACCUCAACCUCAGCCUCGUCUUCAAACCUCUCCAAAUCUCCAUCGCCAACCGCAGCCUCUCUCUUCAACCUCGGUACAUAUACAACACGCCCAAUCAGUCGCAUAUAUACAUGGAGUCGCGCAAAUCAUAGCACCUCACUCUUCCAAUGCCCUACUUCAAAACGAGCCAGGAAUGGCUCGACCACUCCGUCGCUCUCCUUGAGGCUCGACCCUCCUCAACUCGCGUCACCACCAGAUACUCCAUCAAACCCGUCAAGCCCCGCAAACAAACCACCACCAGCUCCGGCGACGAAUCAUCAACAGCCCCCUCAGGCCCCAGAGCCCCGCGCGGCAGCCUCGUCCUCAAGACAUACGACCCCGUCAGCGGCGUGACGCUCAAGUACCGCACCACAAAGGCCGCAGAGGUUACGCGCCUCAUGUCCGCCGCGCUGGGUCGUCUGGGCAAGGCCAUGGCUGGCAUCCAGGACGUGCCGGAAGAGACGAUGCAGGAUGCUGAUGCGGUGGAGACGCCGCAGGGAGAACAGACGCCGCAGCAGGUUGCGACUGGAGGAGGCGCAGGAGGAGGCGGUGGAAAGAAGAAGAAGAAGGGCAAGAAAUAAGCUGGGGAUGGAUCGAGAGGGGGACAAGUGGCCUGCUUUCUGAUGGACGUGAAUCUAGACAUGGACAUGGGACAGAUAGUUAAUAGAAACGGACAUGGGACAGAUGAGGAAAAGAGCCAUGGGGGACAAUUUGCGUACGGGACACGGCUUAGCGACAUAGGAAAGGCGUACCAGACGAAUAUCUAGAAAUGUAUAUGCAUACACACAUCACACAUCACACAUCACGACGCACAAAAGAGAGUUCAAGGUAAUCGUC